AUGGCGGCGCCGCCGGCGAGGGCCCGGGCCGACUACGACUACCUCAUCAAGCUGCUCCUCAUCGGCGAUAGCGGUGUUGGGAAAAGUUGUCUCCUUUUACGGUUCUCAGAUGGCUCCUUCACCACUAGCUUCAUCACCACCAUUGGGAUUGACUUCAAAAUAAGAACAGUUGAGCUUGAUGGUAAGCGCAUAAAGUUACAGAUAUGGGAUACUGCUGGUCAAGAACGUUUUCGAACUAUUACAACUGCCUACUACAGGGGUGCAAUGGGAAUUUUGCUUGUCUAUGAUGUUACUGACGAGUCAUCUUUCAAUAAUAUAAGAAACUGGAUUAGGAACAUUGAGCAACAUGCUUCCGACAAUGUGAAUAAAAUUUUGGUAGGCAACAAAGCUGACAUGGAUGAAAGCAAACGGGCUGUACCGACUUCAAAAGGGCAAGCUCUUGCUGAUGAGUAUGGCAUCAAGUUUUUUGAAACGAGUGCGAAGACCAACCUGAAUGUGGAGCAGGUUUUCUUCUCCAUAGCAAGAGAUAUCAAGCAAAGGCUUGCUGAAUCUGAUUCAAAGCCAGAGGAUCGCACGAUCAGUAUUAACAGACCUGAGGGUGGUGAGGCUUCGGCGUCACAAAAAUCAGCUUGCUGCGGAUCAGUUUAG